GGGGUUAUUAGGGGCGCAUAAAACGUUGAUGGGCUUCUAUUUCUUGCCAUUGACCUCUGGAACUUUGCUCCUCGGUCCUCUCUCUCUCCUCGCCCUAGAAACCCAUCGAAUUUUGGCCUUUCUCGGCGUUCCUUCGAUCGGAUCUCACUGCGGAUUGGAGGGUAGAGGGAGAAGGAGCAGCAGAGAUGGCGCACAGAGUAGAUCACGAGUACGAUUACCUCUUCAAGAUCGUCCUGAUCGGUGAUUCCGGCGUCGGCAAAUCGAACAUUCUCUCGAGAUUUACCAGAAACGAGUUUUGCUUGGAAUCCAAAUCCACCAUCGGCGUCGAAUUCGCUACCAGGACUCUUCAGAUAGAGGGUAAGACGGUCAAAGCCCAGAUAUGGGACACUGCUGGUCAGGAGAGGUACCGUGCCAUCACCAGUGCAUAUUACAGAGGUGCAGUGGGAGCACUUCUAGUCUAUGACAUAACAAAGAGGCAGACUUUUGACAAUGUCCAGAGGUGGCUUCGUGAACUCAGAGACCAUGCAGACUCCAACAUUGUCAUUAUGAUGGCUGGUAACAAGUCUGACCUGAAGCAUCUAAGAGCAGUUUCAGAGGAUGAUGGCCAAGUAUUGGCUGAGAAGGAGGGGCUCUCCUUUCUUGAGACCUCAGCAUUGGAAGCAUUCAACAUCGAGAAGGCAUUCCAGACUAUUUUGACAGAGAUUUACCAAAUAAUAAGCAAGAAGGCACUUGCUGCUCAAGAGGCAGCAAGCACAGCUGGACCACCCACUCAAGGAACGACCAUCAAUGUUGCUGAUUCCUCUGGAAAUGCAAAGAGAUCUUGCUGUUCCACUUAGAUGAUUACAUGUGAAAAAGGAGCACUAAAGCAAAGUGGACUAGCCCCAGGCAGCUUACAGAGAACUCAAACUGUUUGUAGAUUACUUCGAUUUUUUGUGCGUGGUUCUGGGAGACUCUGAAGGUAGAUUUCCUUUUUCAGAUGAAAACUUCCAAUUAAAAGAUGGAUAUGUUUGGUAUAGAAUGAGUCCUUUUGUACUUUGCUUUUCAUGGCACUGAAGCAUGGUAGGGUAGACAAUGCACUUGAAGAAUUCAGUCCCACUUUGUACUUUUGAUUUGAUUCUAACUUAAAUGAAGCCCCUUUUUGCAUC